UGAUAUGUGUAUUCAAAAAUACCCGCGUCGUGUUCGAAAAUGGCGUCGAAGAACACGACGUCACCGAUUCGCCAACGGUGGCGCCUCACUCGCGGCUACAUUGAGAAUUGUUGACCUAUAAAGCCUUCGCAAUUGUUUGUACCCCAACAAUUCUCAUCCUUCUAAACUUUUACUUUUAAUAUUAAUUUUUCUCUCAACUAAAAUUCAAAAAAUCAUCACACGAGUCGAUCAUCCGAGAACAGAGGGUUCGAACAACGCAGACAUACGCGUGUAUUUUCGAAGUGGAACGACUCGAUUAAACGACUUUUCACCUGCUGAUAACUGACAUCUAGCUGCUUGGCGCGAAGCCCGUGGCAGUUUUUCAAACAUACGCUGCUCCUCGAGAUAGUGGAGGAAUAGAAGAGAAUGGCAUGGCACUGCAACGGAGUAACGAACCAAGAGAUGGUCGCUAAGCUGAAAAGCGCCGGAAUAAUUGGAUCGGACAAAGCAGAAGACGCUAUGCUGGCAAUUGACAGAGGGAAAUACUGCCACGAGCCUGACCCUUACUUGGAUAAGCCAAGAAAAAUUGGCUACAAUGUCACCAUAAGUGCACCCCACAUGCACGCUUACGCCCUGACGAUGAUGGCGGAACAAUUGUCGCGGGAAGGCGCCCACGCCCUGGACGUAGGCAGCGGAAGUGGCUACCUUACCGCUUGCAUGGCUCACAUGAUGGGGCCCGGAGGACUCGUCGUCGGCCUCGAGCACAUCCCCGAGUUGGUGGAAAGCUCGAGGAAAAACGUUGAACUAGACAGGCCCGACUUAGUGCAGGAUGGGCGAAUCAAGUUUGUUGUCGGGGAUGGCAGACUCGGACAUGAAGCGGACGGUCCUUACGAUGCAAUUCACGUUGGGGCCGCGGCUGAUUCUCUGCCUGAAGCCUUAGUAAGUCAGUUGGCGCCCGGCGGUCGUCUUCUAUGCCCCGUUGUCGCAAUCCAAGGAUUUCAACGGUACCAGGACUUCCUUCAAGUCGACAAAAAUCCCGACGGAUCUAUAACGACGAAAAAAUUAAUGCAGGUCAUGUACGUUCCGUUGACCGACGCUAAGGCUCAGCUAGCUAAUUUAAACUGAAUUAUAGGAGAAAAAAUUUAACAGCAUCAUUUCUGUCGAGUCCUCAAAAUUUCACAAGAUUCCUAAAAUGCUCUCCAGCCAAAUGCAAUAAUUGGUGAUAUAUUUCUUAUAAGUUGCAAUUCGCGUGUAUUGCAUUCUUCACAUGGAUUACACGCGGGAUCGCG